CUUGUAAAGGAGGGUGGAGACUCCACCUGUCUUUACGACUUGCAGGUAGAGCCAGUGCCAUCAUUUCCCUGUUAGUGCACCGAGGUGAUCAAGGCUACCUGGUUCUAAGUCGUUCAACUUUUCUUUGACAAGUUGUGUGGAGGAACUUGAACUUGAACAUGUUAUACACAGAGCUGCUUGGUCUCUGGGAUGAGGCUGUGAAGGCCGUGGAUGCCAGGGACUGGCAGGGGGCCCUGGCCAAGCUCAACCAGAUCACUGACCCCCCCUCACGGAUACUGUUCACUACCGCCUCGGUUCACCUCGCGCUGGGACAGCUUGAACCUGCUAUCAAGGCUCUGGACCAGACCAUAGCUAAGGAUGAGAGACUUGCUGUUGGGUUUUUCCAGAGAGCUGCCGCUCACAUGCAGACAAACAGGCUCGAGGAAGCUCUGACUGACUGUAUCUGGGCUCAGAAGCACAUGCGAGAGAAUCUAGUGAUCGACUACAGGCAGCUGGGUCUGCGCUACAAGCUCUACAGCUGGCAGGUUUUAUAUAAUGCAGCAGCUGUCCACUGCAGGAUGGGCCAGUGGGACAAAGCCAGGGACAUUCUCGUCUCAGCCUCGCAGGAAAAAGGAGAGGGCAAAGGGAGCAAUGUGGAAACAGCCCUGGAGGGGGUGUCUAGGAAAGAGGUGCCAGCGCCCCUCCUGGUGCCCGAGGGAGAGGUGUUCCGUCCCAGGAAACAGGACAUUGAGCAGCUAAAAGAGAGAGACUUCCUGGGUAAACCCAAGGUCAUCGUCUCCAUGAUCCCCAAUGAUGACUUUGGCGGUUUCGAGCCGCUCAGAAUGCAGAAACCUGGGUACUACGAGCCCAAAGUAGAGGGAGCACAAGAUUCUCACUACAUGCGUGUGAGCGCUCCUUGUGUGGGCAGCGGACCAGGCCUGCUGACCGUGCCUGCGGGGGCGCUGGUCUUCAUGUUCACUGAUGUGGACAGGGAGGGCAUGGCCACUGUCAUAUUUGACGGACAGAAAGGACUUGUCCCCAGGGCCUUGCUAGAACCAGUAGAUGUCAAAAAGUCAAAAGGAAAAAAGAAGAAAAAUAAAAUCCCCAGUGGGAUCCCGCUCCCACCAGGCCUCAAGCCACCCACUCGCCCACAGAUGCCGCCCACCUCUGUCGCACCGACUCAGGCUCAGCCAGUCACUAAGUCUCCACCUCCCUUCUACGUCCAUGCCACCGUGCCCUCGGCUGAGCCUGCCACGCUCUCACCCACAGCCGAGAGCCCCACAGAGCAGGAUCCGGGUUCACCCGAGAGAGAAGAGGCAGCGACUGUGGUGGUGAAGGUGCAUUACAGAUACACUGUCGCUCUGACCGUCCCAUUGGACACAUCGCACGGUGAACUACAGAGGCGAAUCGCUCAUAAAUUGGGCCAGCCAGCCUCCCUCUUGCGCCUGAGACACAGACAGCAUGGCACCCAGAUCCUGAGGCCCCUGGAUGGGGAGGGGCUGAAGGACCUGCUGGAGGGGGCCGAGGCAGGCAGAGCAACCCUGUGGUGUCAGACUGAGGACCCUCUGGCCAGCAGGACCAUUCUCUACCAGAUGGUGGCGCUGUAUGACUACACAGCAGAGGGAUCCGAGGACUUGGAGUUUAGCGAGGGAGACACGAUUGACAUUCUCAGUCAAGUCAAUGAGGAGUGGCUGGAGGGACACAGCGCUGGAAAAAUUGGCAUCUUCCCUAGUUGCUUUGCCUACAGGGAUAACGAGAGCCCUCAACCAUGAGAGCGGCAUGACGUAAGAGCCACUAUGGACAGACACUUGCCUGCUGUACAUUUACAAAAAACGCUUUAAAACAUCAAUGCAUUGUUACACCUCAACAGACCUUUUUGUUCUCUCAAAUCCAAACUUUUUUUUCCACACUGUGUGUCAUAUUUCAUGUAAGGUAUGACUGUGUCUGUAUGGGAGCUAGAGAGUUAACGUGAGGCCUCGUGUGUCGUACGGUAGACUCUGACAUUUUCGGUUAUCUCUAAGGGAAUAGAGGCAGGGCAUGCUGCAAGCUAGAAUCUGGCUGUGCAUGCUGCAAGCCAUUUAAAAUGGUGCAUCCUUUUAACCGAUCCUACCAUCUGCUGUGAAUUCAUGUAAGCGGGACUGUUAUAGUGCUAUUUUAUAGUGUCACUUCUCCCUUUGCGGCGGUGGUUAAUUAAGACAGGUGGGUGGUAGCUGACAAAUCUUUUCUUUUUUUGGGGGAAGUUACACUUCCCAUAAAAUAAAGGAUUAUGUAAUACUAAAGAGGACCAUAGCUGUUCCCUGAGUCCAUCACAGUCCGAUUAGUUUGAGUGCUCAAUUGAAAUAGUAAUGAACCUGAAGUUAUAACAUUUAGGGUCUUAAAGUGUGUGCAUCUGGACUGUGGACUGGCAUUAAAACAGCAGUCCAAGUCGGUGACUGUUAAAGUGUGUAGCUGAGCAGAGGAGUCUGGCUUCCUCAGCGCAGUGGCCCUGUGUUUUACAUUUAGUCAUUUAGCAGACGCUCUUAUCCAGAGCGACUUACAGUAAGUACAGGGACAUUCCCCCGAGGCAAGUAGGGUGAAGUGCCUUGCCCAAGGACACAACCUCAGUUGGCAUGACCGGGAAUCGAACAGGUAACCUUCGGAUUACUAGCCCGAUUCCCUCACCGCUCAGCCACCUGACUCCCCGUUUUAAUUGCCGAGAGCGAGAAAUGUCAGGCACUUUUAGCUGUCGUCACAAACGAGAGAUGUGCUGUAAAAAAAAAGAACAAAGAAGGCUAGGUGGACAGACUAAGAGCGCCAUUCAGAUGGAUUAUGAAACAGAGGCCUUUAAUUAUCAGUGCGCUCCUCUGUGUAGGACCCACGCCCACCUUCCCUCUGCUCUGCCUGGGACUAAACCUCGACCAGGAAAAAGGAAUCCAUUAUGAGCUGCAUUAUCUGACAGGAUGAAUGUAGUCAUCAACAAUGAUCGUGAAACACAAGAGCAGCAUAACUUAAAGAGUUUGAUCUUUUUCCUGUGGCUUGUCUAUUUUACAUACCUUUUCGACCGAAAAUGGGAGAAUAUUACACUAUAAAACCUUUUACUGAAAAACAUAUGCUGUGAUUCCGUUAAGAAAUUGCCAUUUCCUCUAUGUUAUUUGAUAGCAUUUAAUUAGGUUCGGUCUGUUUGUAUGUGACAUGGAUGUGAAACCACCCAUUAAAGGAUCCUCAUGACAAAGUUCCCGAAAAAUGUCUUCUAACCUUAAUUUUCAGAGCACCGUAAGUGUUGGAGGUCCAUUGAUUCCUGUUAUAUUACUGUAAUUACUUGUUGGCAGGGUGAAGCAUGAGUCACUUUUCUGGUAUUAAAUGCGCUCCCAUUAAUCAAAAGUAGCCCAUUCUGCACUACAGUGGCCAGGUUCUUCACUUUCUGGGACUUGCUGUACAAAUACAUGCCCUCUCAUAGCAAUGGGAAGGUCUGAGAAGUUUAAAAACAGGUUUUACACUAAAAACCUUUGAUCACAACCUUCCAAAUCUUUCAAAAUCACGACCAAUGCUUCCAGAAACUACACUUUGCCUUCAAAAUGGAACCCAUUUCUUUCUGUGUCCUGUCCUUGCACACAUGGAAGACUGCAUGUACUGAGCUGUUGGGGAGCUUCAUUACAAAGACGUGUAGGAUCUAAGACACGGGAGAGCAGUCUGUAAAGAAUCUGUGCGUGGCUUUGAAGACAUCCAUCGAAAGAUUCCUCUUGCCACUUGAGAAACUAUGCUUCACCCACUCUGAUUAAUUCAACACAAACUUUUAUCCCACUGAAAUGGUUUCAUUGGUGAGGCCUAAUUGUCUUGUCUUCAAGUUUUCCUUGAUAUGUCAGUAAGACUCUCGUAACCAUAGAAUUAUGGAUCCAUGCAGUGGCAUUGAAUUUGUUAUCGCAUGUAAUUACACUUCUAUGGUGUAUUUCCUUUGUUUCCAUUCAUAAUCCAUUUAUUUUACUGUACUAGUACUGUAUAUCUAUAAUCAUUCCGAUUAUCAGUAAGUUGUAAGUACAGUAAGUUCUACUGAAGUUCUGCUGAAGUAUCCUGUUUUGGUCAUUCGACUGAGUUAUCUCAAAAGACAAUAACAUUUGAUAUUGAAAUAAAAUAUUACAGGCAC